AUGAAGACUGUUAGUGUUGCCUUAGUUUUGUGCCUCAAUGUCGGCGUGGAUCCUCCUGAUGUGGUGAAGACGACUCCCUGUGCCCGCCUGGAGUGCUGGAUAGAUCCUCUCUCGAUGGGUCCUCAGAAGGCUCUGGAAACCAUCGGUGCCAACCUGCAGAAGCAGUAUGAGAACUGGCAGCCCAGAGCCCGAUACAAGCAGAGUCUGGACCCCACGGUGGAUGAAGUGAAGAAGCUGUGCACGUCCCUGCGCCGGAACGCCAAGGAGGAGCGGGUCCUGUUCCACUACAACGGCCACGGCGUGCCCCGGCCCACGGUGAACGGCGAGAUCUGGGUCUUCAACAAGAACUACACGCAGUAUAUUCCGCUCUCCAUAUACGACCUGCAGACCUGGAUGGGCAGCCCUUCCAUUUUCGUCUAUGAUUGCUCCAAUGCCGGCCUUAUCGUGAAGUCCUUCAAGCAGUUUGCACUACAGAGGGAGCAGGAGUUGGAGGUGGCUGCAAUUAACCCAAACCAUCCGCUUGCUCAAAUGCCGCUGCCGCCCUCCAUGAAGAACUGCAUCCAGCUGGCAGCGUGCGAAGCCAACGAGCUGCUGCCCAUGAUCCCCGACCUGCCGGCCGACCUCUUCACGUCCUGCCUUACUACCCCCAUCAAAAUCGCCCUGAGAUGGUUCUGUAUGCAGAAGAGUGUCAGACUGGUGCCAGGAGUCACGCUGGAUUUAAUAGAGAAGAUUCCCGGAAGACUGAACGACAGGAGAACUCCUCUGGGAGAACUGAAUUGGAUCUUCACAGCUAUCACGGACACCAUCGCCUGGAACGUCCUGCCUAGAGAUCUUUUCCAGAAGCUCUUCAGGCAGGACCUGCUCGUGGCCAGUUUAUUCCGUAACUUCCUCCUGGCGGAACGGAUCAUGCGCUCGUACAACUGCACGCCGGUCAGCAGCCCGCGCCUGCCGCCCACCUACAUGCACGCCAUGUGGCAAGCGUGGGACCUCGCAGUUGAUAUUUGCCUUUCCCAGUUACCUACAAUUAUAGAGGAAGGAACUGCCUUUAGGCACAGCCCCUUCUUCGCGGAGCAGCUGACGGCCUUCCAGGUGUCGCUUCUGUACGCGUCCCCUUCGCUGCAGGGAGCAGAGGAGCGAGGCUCUAAUAAUUGUUGUCCGUUUGCUUUGCAGGUGCUGCUGAGCCAAGUCCAUCGGCUCCGAGCUCUUGAUUUGCUGGGAAGAUUUUUGGACCUGGGUCCCUGGGCAGUUAGCCUGGCCCUGUCCGUCGGCAUCUUCCCAUAUGUCCUGAAGCUACUUCAAAGCUCAGCUCGCGAGCUGAGACCACUUCUUGUGUUCAUCUGGGCCAAGAUCCUCGCCGUGGACAGCUCGUGCCAAGCUGACCUCGUGAAGGACAACGGCCACAAGUAUUUCCUCUCUGUGUUGGCAGACCCUUACAUGCCGGCUGAACACAGGACAAUGACGGCCUUUAUCCUGGCUGUGAUCGUCAACAACUACAACACAGGCCAGGAAGCCUGCCUCCAGGGAAACCUGAUCGCUAUCUGCCUGGAGCAGCUCAACGACCCUCAUCCCCUCCUGCGCCAGUGGGUGGCCAUUUGCCUGGGCCGCAUUUGGCAGAACUUCGACUCGGCCAGGUGGUGCGGGGUGAGGGACAGUGCCCAUGAAAAGCUCUACAGUCUCCUCUCCGAUCCGAUCCCAGAGGUUCGCUGCGCCGCAGUCUUUGCGCUGGGGACGUUCGUGGGCAACUCUGCGGAGCGGACGGAUCACUCCACCACCAUCGACCACAACGUGGCCAUGAUGCUGGCCCAGCUCAUCAACGACGGGAGCCCCAUGGUCAGGAAGGAGCUGGUGGUGGCUUUGAGUCACCUGGUGGUUCAGUACGAGAGCAACUUCUGCACCGUCGCCUUGCAGUUCAUGGAAGAAGAGAAGAAUUACCCUCUCCCUUCCCCUGCCACCACAGGUUGGUGCUCUGCAUUGUUUCCUUUGGGGCAGGGAACUUGGACACCAACCUUGCGCUCAGUCAGCUCUUACGGGAACAUCCGAGCGGUCACCACAGCCAGGAACCUGAACAAAUCCCUGCAGAACCUCAGCCUCAAUGAAGAAUCUGGAAGUUCUGUUGCGUUUUCUCCUGGGAAUCUCAGCACCAGCAGCAGCGCCAGCAGCACCUUGGGUAGCCCUGAGAAUGAGGAGUAUAUCCUGUCGUUCGAGACCAUCGACAAGAUGAGACGAGUCAGCUCUUACUCUUCUCUGAAUUCCCUGAUAGGUGUGAGUUUCAACAGUGUUUACACGCAGAUUUGGCGAGUGCUCCUUCACUUAGCUGCUGACCCCUACCCCGACGUCUCGGACCUGGCUAUGAAAGUGCUCAAUAGCAUCGCCUACAAGGCCACGGUGAACGCCCGGCCCCAGCGCAUCCUGGACACGUCGUCGCUGACGCAGUCGGCGCCCGCCAGCCCCACCAACAAGGGCAUGCACAUCCACCAAGUGGGAGGGUCACCUCCCACCACGAGUACCAGCAGCUCCAGCCUGACCAACGACGUGACGAAGCAGCCGGUCAGCCGGGACAUCGCGUCUGUGAGACCUGCCAACGUGGGCAGCGUGGGCGUUCAGUACACCCCCCACUCCCACCAGUUCCCCAGGACGAGGAAGAUGUUUGACAAAGGGCCAGAACAGACGACUGAUGAUGCCGAUGACGCCGUCGGACACAAAAGCUUCAUUUCGGCCACGGUGCAGACGGGUUUCUGUGACUGGAGUGCGAAGUAUUUUGCUCAGCCUGUGAUGAAGAUCCCCGAAGAGCACGAUUUGGAGAGCCAGAUCCGCAAGGAGCGGGAGUGGCGGUUCCUGCGCAACGCCCGGGUGCGCAAGCAGGCGCAGAAGAUCAUCCAGAAGGGCAUCUCUCGCCUUGACGACCAGAUCUUCCUCAACAGGAACCCGGGGGUGCCCUCGGUGGUGAAGUUCCACCCCUUCACGCCCUGCAUCGCGGUGGCCGACAAGGACAGCAUCUGUUUUUGGGACUGGGAGAAAGGGGAAAAGUUGGACUACUUCCACAAUGGGAAUCCUCGCUACACCAGGAUCACGGCGAUGGAGUACCUGAACGGACAGGACUGCUCCUUGCUGCUGACGGCCACAGAUGACGGCGCUAUCCGAGUGUGGAAGAACUUUGCAGACCUGGAAAAGAAUCCCGAGAUGGUAACUGCCUGGCAGGGCCUCUCAGACAUGCUGCCGACGACACGAGGUCUGGCCCGAAGGGUUUCAAUCUAUCUUGACAGAAGUAAGCAGGGAGGUGAGUGCCUUCUUUCCUGUUACCUAUGGCCAGCCGGGGUGGGAAGGAUCUCCUCGUCCGACUCCUGGAGCAGCGGGCCGGGCCCCGGGGAUGCCCGUGUGUCCUCGCCAUGA